AUGACAUCUCCAUCCACUCCUUCCCUGGGCACUCCUCCUCCUCCCCCAGCGCCCGCGCGCCCUCUUCAAGGCCGCGUCGCCAUCGUCACAGGCUCGUCGUCCGCCAUUGGCGCCGCCAUCGCCCUAGCCCUAGCCGCGCAGGGUUGCUCCCUCUUCUGCAUCGACGUGUCCCCAACGCCGCCACGGCAAAGUCAGGGGCAGGGCCAGGGGCAGGCGAAGGAUCAAGGCCACGGACAUGGCAUCCACGCCAGCACCCCGACUACUAGUACCACGGCGCGCGACCAGCCCGGCACGCACGAACGCAUCCGCCACCAAGGCGGCGAAGCCACAUACCACAAAGCCGACCCUACGCGGGCCCGGGACAUGGAUCUCGCGAUCCGUGCCUGCGUGUCCAAGUACCGUCGCGUGGACAUUCUAGUCACCAACGCGAGUGCGAGUGCCGCCACUGCCGCCAAUGUGUCCACGCGCCCGCUUCGCUGCCACGAAACCAAAGACGAGGACUUUGAUCGCGCGCUGGCCGUCCACGCGCGCGGCCCCUUUUUGGCGUGCAAAUACGCGGUGCGUCAGAUGCUGGACGGCCAGCCGCGGCGGUACGCGCGGGCCAGAGGCUGGAUCGUCAACGUCGCGAGUCUCCUCCUCCUCCAUCAGGGGGUUGGUUCCAUGGGGGCCGUGGGCGUGGGCGUGGGUACAGGCUCUCCCGGCUCGUGCGCGGGUCAAGCCGCGGCGGUGAUGCUGACGAGGCAGAUCGCGCUGGACUACGCGGCCGAUGCCAUCCUCUGUAAUGCCUUGUGUCCUGGAUUUGUGGAUGCGGGGAUGGGGAUGGGCCCCUCUACGGGUACAGCUGGUACGGGCACGGGGAGUUCUACGGCUACCCCUUCUACGGGUACGGCUACUGCGGGCGCGAUGGAACCAGGGACAGGCACAGCCACGGUGAAUGUGAAUGCGCAUGGCCGGAGGAGCCACCAAACAUCUGUUCAGCCUCAACCUCGCGACGACGUGGCGGAUGUCGUGUCCGAGGCCGAGGAUGACGACUACGACCACGACUACGACGACGCCGAUGGGUCGCGGCACAGUGAGCCCAAGCUAGAUCACCAUCAUCCUCCUCCAGCUUCCCCUCCGUUUGGUGGGAGGUUGGGGAGCGUGGAGGAUGUGGCGCGGGCGGCCGUGUUUUUAUGCGGAGACGACGCCGCGUGGAUCACGGGCGUCGUUUUGCCCGUUGAUGGAGGAGGGUCUCUGCUUCGAUAG